ACUGAGGGUACCAUACAGAACCUAAGCAAAAUGGUGAAGAUUAUCUUCUACGAAGACAAGAACUUCCAGGGCCGCUCCUACGAGUGCAGCUCAGAAUGUUCAGACCUGUCUUCAUAUUUCAACCGUUGUAACUCCAUCCGAGUUGAGAAUGGAAACUGGAUACUCUAUGAACAGCCCAACUAUAGAGGAUAUCAAUACUACCUAAGAAAAGGCGAUUACCCUGAUUUCCAGCAAUGGAUGGGUUUUAACGAUUCCAUCAGGUCUUGUCGUCUAACCCCACAACAUCGUGGCCCAUUCCGUAUAAGGAUCUAUGAGCGAGAGGGCUUUAAAGGUCAAAUGAUGGAGUUUACUGAAGACUGUCCCCAAGUGUUUGAUCAAUUCCGUUACAAUGACAUCUGUUCCUGCAAUGUACUUGAUGGCCACUGGAUAUUCUAUGAGGAACCCAACUACAGAGGGCGUCAAUAUUAUCUGAGACCUGGAGAGUAUCGAAGAUACACUGACUGGGGUGCCGUGAACUCCAGGAUUGGGUCCUUCAGACGAGUUCAAUAUCUUUAUUAAACUAAUAAUUCAACAAACCUUCAAAUAUGUUUGAACUUUAUGAUAUACAGUAAAAUAUCAAUAUUUCA